GUAUUUAGCAACAGGACUAGCAUUCAGGCAAAUCGCAAUGUCAUUUAGAAUAUCUAAGUCCGCAGUCUCAAGCAUUGUUAUUGAAGUGUGUAAAGUAAUAUGGAAUACGUUAAAAUUCAAACACAUGUCUACUCCAAGCGUCGAUACUUUUAAAAGCACAGCAAUAGAAUUUCAUGAAAAAUGGAAUUUUCCAAACUGUGUGGGAAGUAUCGACGGCAAACACAUCAGACUGCGAUGCCCUCAAAAUUCCGGGAGUAUGUAUUUUAAUUAUAAACAAUAUCACUCGAUUGUUCUAAUGGCAGUAGCUGACGCGAGUUAUAGAUUUUUGAUGAUAGACGUGGGUGGAUACGGGAAAGAUAGCGAUGGUGGUGUUAUGGUAAAUUCUAAAUUUUACCAACGUAUCGAAAACGGUUCGCUUAAACUACCGAAUGAAAUAAAAUUACCAAAUUCGAACGUCUUGGCUCCUUUUGUGUUUAUAGGAGAUGAAGCUUUUCCAUUGAAAAAUUACUUAAUGAGGCCUUUUCCAAGAAAACAGUGUCAAGAAAACGAAAAACAGUAUUACAACUAUAGACAUGCGCGAGCACGAAUGACAAUCGAGUGUGCAUUCGGCAUAGCUUCAUCAAAGUUUCGAAUUCUAUUAAAAUCAAUAGAAACAAAAGUAGAAAACGCGGAUCAUAUU